AUGUUUUUCCUUUUUCUUCUUUUUUCCCCUUUUCUUUCUUUCUUCUUCUCUGAUCCUUUUCAUUUCUUCUUCUUUUUUUUUUUCUUCUUUUCCUCUCAUCUUCUUCUUCCUUCUUUUUCUUCUUCUCCUGAUCCUUUUCGUUUCCUUUUUUCUUCCUCCUCUUUUUCCUUCUUCUUCUUCUUCUUCUUUUUCUUCCUCCUCAUCAUCAUCUUCUUCUUCUUCUUCUUUUCUUUUUCUUUUUUCUUCUUCCUCCUGUUUUUUCUUCCUCUUCUUUUUUCUUCUCCUCUUCUUCUUCUUCCUUUCUUCUUUUUUCUUCCUCCUCUUCUUCCUCCUGUUUCUCUUCUUCUUCUUCUUCGUUUUCUUCUUUUUUCUUCCUCCUCUUCUUCCUCCUGUUUCUCUUCUUCUUCUUCUUCUUCUUCUUUUUUCUUCCUCCUCUUCUUCCUCCUGUUCCUCUUCUUCUUCUUCUUCUUCUUUUUUCUUCUUUUUCUUUCUGUUCUCUCCUUCUUCUUCUUCUUCUUCUUCUUCUUCCUUUUUCUUCCUCCUCCUCUUCUUUCUCUUCCUCUUUUUUCUUCUUCUUCCUCUGCUUGUUCUCCUCUCUUUCUACUUCGAUCAUUUUCCUUCAUCUCCUUCUUAGUUUUCUUCUUUUUUCUUCCACCCCCUCUUCCUCUUUCUUCUUCUUCUUCUUCUUCUUCUUCCUUUUCUUCUUCUUCCUCUCCUUCUUCUUCAUCUUCUUCUAUUAUUGAUAUUCUGACGAAAACUCUGUUGCUAUCUAUCUAUCUAUCUAUCUAUCUAUCUAUCUAUCUAUCUGAUUUUGUUUCUAUCUAUCUACCUAUCUCACUGUUCUGUUGCUACCUAUCUCAGUCUGUUGCUAUCUAUAUAUCUCAUAUCUCAUUUUGUUUCUAUCUAUUUAUCUAUCUAUGUUUAUCUAUCUAUCUAUCUCAAUACCAGAUUGUUUCUAUCUAUAUAUCUCAUUUUGUUUCUAUCUAUUUAUCUAUCUCUGUUGCUAUCUAUCUAUCUCAGUUUGUUGCUAUCUAUCUAUCUAUUACAGCAAUUUGCAUAGAUAUUGCUUCAUUUGCGAAAAAUCUGUUUCUCUUCAAGGCCUGGAUAAGUGAAGCCGGGUGA